UACAUACAUAUAUAGCUUGCUAUCUUUAUUCCCUUAGAUCUGAAAAAGUUCACUAAUUUCCAAUCACCCUCUUUGAUGAAGAUCACAAGCACCCAUCAUCAAAAGACUCUCUCUUUCAUCACCAUGCAUGAACUCAUUCAAUUCAUCUGAUAAGGAUGUUUGCCUCUGCAAAAGGAAACUGAGAAACUGAAUCUUUCGUUCCCAUCUCACAAGACUCCUCCUUUACUCUUCACCUUUUUUCCCCUUCUCGACCAUGUCAGCUCCGGCAGCGGCGGCGACGAAAGACGAGAGCCAGGGCUCAGGUGGUCCGAAAAGCACCUCGGCGGCGGCGAUGCAGGUGGAGCAAGGGCUAAAGUGCCCGAGAUGUGACUCGCCCAACACUAAAUUCUGCUACUACAAUAAUUACAGCCUGACUCAGCCGAGGCAUUUCUGCAAGACUUGUCGUAGAUACUGGACAAAAGGCGGAGCCUUGCGUAACGUUCCUAUUGGUGGCGGUUGCCGGAAGAACAAGAAACUGAAAUCAUCGUCAUCUUCAAGACUCUCAAAUGACGAUGGCUUUUCCCCUUCUCUGGAUUUUCACCUUGGUGGAACUCCUGCUAGCUUCUUACCCUUCCCUAGGCUGAACAAUCAGCCUCCAGCUUUUAACCUCGAAGGAACCUCGAGUUCUUUCAAUAUCGGAUUUAAUUACCCGCUUAAUGGCGGUGUAAUUCAAGGCAUGAGCUCCAUGAACGUUCAGAGCAGCCUUGCUUCUUCGAUCGAGUCCCUGAGCUCUAUAAACCAGGACCUGCACUGGAAGCUGCAGCAGCAGAGACUAGCUAUGCUGUUUGGAGGAGAUAAUACUACUGCUAGUAGCGUUCUAAAAGAUAACCGUCCCGUUUCAGCCAUUAAUCAUGAGAACCAGAGUCAUCAUCAGAAAUCACCACACCCUAUUUUGUUUCAGAAUCUUGAGAUUUCGAAGCCUGAAGAGAUUUGUCCCGACUUUGGAAAUUCCAGAAGAGAUACACCUACAGAGUGGUUCUUCGGAAGUUCUUAUGCUUCAGUGACUCCAACACCCACUGCUAGCAGUGGAGGAUUAGGUACUGGCAAUGAUAAUAAUGGAAGCAGUAACUGGAGUGUUCAUGGUUGGGGUGAUGUGCAGCAGCAAUACAGUGCUUUGCCCUAGAUGAUGAGGAGGAGGAAGAAGAAGAAGAAGAACUGAGGUAGACCGUUUUUCCCCUAUUAAUCUUGGAAGGAAUGGAAGAAAUUGACCGAAUUGUUUGAUGAUAAUCACAAAUCUCAAUUCUAAACCCCUUGUAGGUCUCUGUUAGUGAUAGUCCAUGUAUGGUGUUAUUGUAUGUUGGCUUCGAAUUGAUUAAGAGAAAUAUAUAACAGAAAAAUCUUGACCUUUUUACUUUCAUAAGUUAAA